UGUGGUCUAGGCGUGCAAUUUUAUCUGGCCUGCCACGUAAUGGUACUUGUACCUCCAAGUGGCAGGGUUCCUAAGCAACCAGUAAAGUGAGGGCUUAACCGAGGAUUUAUAAACACUUCAUCACUGCGAUUUAUUUGGUAGAAGAAAGUUAAUCAUCUCUAGAACCAGUGGAGAAGGCGCUGCAUCUCUUCAAACUGCACUCUAACUUGUCAGCAGCAGGAAAGAACAAGAGACGUACUGAGAACGAAGCUUUAUGAUAACAGGUCAGCCAGCUCAGGUGUGAGUUCCUGGCUGGAGUUAUGAAUGGGAUGCUGCCGCUGGAGACACUCACCAUCUGCCCCAUGAUUUCUGAUACACUGUCUGAAGUCACCACCCUUCUGCUGCUGCUGCUGCUGCUGCUGCUGCUCUUCACUGCCUGCAGCCGAACAAACUGCUCACACAUACCGGGUCCUUCCUUCUUGGCAGGACUAGGUCCUAUUCUCUCCUACAGCAGAUUCAUCUGGACUGGGAUAGGAACAGCGUGCAACUACUAUAACAACAAAUAUGGCAGCAUUGUCCGGGUCUGGAUUAAUGGCGAGGAGACCGUCAUUCUGAGCAGGUCUUCAGCAGUGUAUCAUGUUCUGAGGAGCGUUCACUACACAGCCCGAUUUGGGAGCAAAACAGGACUGGAGUGCAUUGGGAUGGAAGGGAGGGGAAUCAUUUUCAACAGCGAUGUUCUACUCUGGAAAAAAGUGAGGACGUAUUUUUCUAAAGCUCUGACAGGCCCCGGCCUCCAGAGGACUGUGGGAAUCUGUGUGAGCUCCACAGCCAAACACCUGGACCGCCUGCAUGAGAUUACCAAACCCUCAGGACAUGUGGACUCCCUUAAUCUGCUGAGAGCCGUAGUGGUGGACAUUUCCAACAGACUUUUCCUCAGGGUGCCACUGAAUGAAAAAGACUUGCUGAUGAAAAUCCAAAGCUACUUUGAGACCUGGCAAACUGUUCUAAUAAAGCCUGAUAUAUUUUUCAAGAUUGGAUGGCUGUACAACAAGCAUAAGAGAGCAGCCCAAGAGCUGCAAGACGCGAUGGAAAGCCUUCUUGAAAUCAAAAGAAAGAUUAUAAAUGAGUCUGAGAAGUUGGAUGAUGAUCUUGACUUUGCAACAGAGCUCAUCUUUGCUCAAAACCUCGGAGAGCUUUCAGGAGAUAAUGUCAGACAGUGCGUGCUGGAGAUGGUGAUUGCAGCGCCUGACACGCUUUCCAUCAGCCUCUUCUUCAUGCUGAUGCUGCUGAAACAAUACCCAGACGUAGAGCUGAGGAUAGUGGAGGAGAUGAACAGUGUCUUGAGUGCAAAAGGUGCUGAAAACAUCGAUUAUCAAAGGUUGAAAGUGCUGGAGAGUUUCAUCAACGAGUCUCUGAGGUUUCAUCCUGUGGUUGAUUUCACGAUGCGAAAAGCUCUGGAAGAUGACACCAUCGAAGGCAUUAAGAUUACAAAAGGAACAAACAUCAUUCUCAACAUUGGUCUCAUGCAUAAGACUGAAUUCUUUCCAAAACCCAAAGAGUUCAGCCUGAUGAACUUUGACAAAACAGUUCCCAGUCGUUUCUUCCAGCCCUUCGGCUGCGGGCCUCGUUCCUGCGUGGGCAAACAAAUCGCCAUGGUGAUGAUGAAGGCCAUUCUGGUCACUCUGUUGUCUCGUUAUACCGUGUGUCCUCGCCAAGGCUACACCCUCAACAGCAUCAGGCAGACCAACAACCUGUCGCAGCAGCCUGUGGAGGACGAGAACAGCCUGGCCAUGCGCUUUAUCCCUCGAACAGCACAACCUUCACACAGUCAGCACUGAGACACAGAGGGGUUUUGGUGGAAACUACUAUAGUAUUGCCUGUGUUUUAAGUAUGUAGCUGAUAUAAUGAAGGGGAUGAGCCUGCUGAGCUAAUAUUCCCUGAACAAGUUAUACAAAUGUGCAAAAAAAACUCUGGUACUCUGGGUAUUUUAUAGUUCAGUGUCGAGGAAGUAAACAGAUUUGUCACUGCAGAUGUUGCCUACAUUGACAUCAAGGACCUCUAAAAGAAUACGGUUGAAGGUUUUAGCCAAAAGAAGAGUGGCAGGAUGAUCUUCUGGCUAAUAGGAUGCAGACUGAGCUGGUUUUUUAUUUUGUUAAUCCCAGUUUAAUUUUGUUGAUGAGAAGGUUGUUAUCAUGUCAUAUUUAUAUUUUACAUAUGGUGUGCGUUUCCUUUAUUAUAGAGGUUAUAGUAUUAAACAUGAUCAAAGUUAUGGUAUAGUGAACAGUGUUAGAUGUAAACAUGUAAUCAUUUCAGCACACACUGGGAUGUGCAAAAUAUUAGGUGUUACACAUUAUUAUGAGGUUAACCCUUACUGUCUCCAUCUACAUGUACAUAUCUAUAUCUAUAUCUAUAUCUAUACACACACAUAUAUAACAUGUUUAUAGUUCUUAAGAGAUGAGAGAUUGUUUUUUCUCAGAGUCUCAGUGAAGGGGAUGUGUACUGUGUAAAUAAUUUUGACAUUUGGUUUAUGCUUAAAGUAAACAAUGCUCAUUCAAUAAAUACUUUUUUUUCAUGUAGCAAA